AUUCACAGGAACUAGACAGUUUGCGGAAUCAACUUAACUUGAUUCAAGAUCAUCUCGCACGUAUGGAACACGAAAGAGAUCGGCUAGAAAGCGAAAACCAAAGGCUCAGAUGCACAGAAGGAGACAGCCGACGUUCUACUGUGGACAGCAGUGCUGGAAUGGAAGCUUUGGUACGAGAGAAUGAAGCGAUUAAGAGCAAGCUGAAGGAAGGAGACAGGCGACUACGUCACCUUGCACGUGAAGUUGCUCUCAUUGGAUCAAUCGAACGGGACCAUGAGUGGAUAGAAAAAUACAAUGAUGCGAGAGAAACCAUAAAAGAACAGGAAAUACAGCUUUCUCGAUCGAAGAAACGUGUGGCCGAAUUGCAAGAUGAAAACGCACGUUUACGCGCCGAUGAACGAAAAGUAGAACAACGCUCACGGAGGGCGCAAGAGAAGGGUAGUUCCACUCCACACAUGAGUCGAGAAGCACUGGCUCACGAGAUCAAAUCUUUAGAAGAAGAGCUGGUUUUUCUUACAUAUCAGCUGCUGCUCUCCAGCUUACGUACGGGUGGUUUUCGACCUCGGUCAUUUCUUCUCACAGUUUUGCAGCUUAUAUUUUUGCGGAAACGCAAACUGCCUUCUCAAGACAUCACGUGUAAACCGUCCU